GAUGUUUACGUCGCCAUCUUGUAGCUUGGCGAAGGACACUUAAGGGUUCCUUACAUGCUGCCGCGCACAGAAAAAUCAAGCCAUAGAAGUCGUGUGUUGUGGACACCAGAAGUGCAACCCACUAGUUAGAAAUCCACUGCCAAACACGGUUCAUGGUGCGAGGUUAGUAUACUAAUACUAACCUCGCAAUACGUGUGAGUGGGCAAAGGACAAAGUCAAGAGGACAAGAUGGCGACGUAAACAUCGGCAAGUUUUUUGAAGCCCUUUUUUUCUUUGCCAAGAUCGAUGAUAAUGCCCUGACUAACAACGGUUGGUAGCCUCUUUUUCUAAUGCUCAUCAGACCAUCCAAACAGACUCUCUCACCACUGGAGCUGCAUCCACCAGCAUCGGUCAUGUCACCCUCUCAGACAUCAGCUCCAACCUCCGACGGCUAUCAAGUGGCCCGGGAGGGUUGCUUACUGGUACCGUCAUCAGUCCAGAGUCUUUACGGGCCGUCACCAAUAUCUUCCAGACCUUACCGGAGAGUCUUAAUCAACAGAGGGUGAUGUCUGGUGGACCUGCCAUCAUCAUUGGUGAAUCCAUGAAUAGGGAGAUACAGGAGGAUGGUGAUGGACUGUCUGUUGGCAUCAAUCUGGUCGCGGGGUUGGGUGCUCUUAGUGAGAAGGAGGUUGUAAGGACUAGUAGUCUUGGUAAUCAGACUCAGUUAGGGAUGGAGAUCUUGGAGGUUCAAGACAACCCAUUGUCUUCUAUGCCAAGGGGUACCAAUGUGGUUUUCACUGCAAAUACCAACACAGUAAGCUUAGUUGGCAAUGCAGAACUAGGACCAGGUGGUGAUGGAGAAUCUAUGAACAUCAUUGAUACCCUGCAGACGGAUGUAGAUGAUUCAGUACCAUCCUCCUCGCUGCUUGAACCUGAUUCUGAGAUAUUGGUCGGUGGCGAUGACAGGGUGGUAGAACCUAACGAAGGACAAGAGAUCCCAGUCACGUGCCAGAUCCCUACUCAUGAGUUAGCAAAGCUUGUACAGACUGUUGAACAGGCCAGUAGCAAUGUAGGAGAGCUAGAGAGUAGCAAUGACUCGGUCAACCUAAUCAAUGUUGUAGGGGUACCAAGUGUUGAACUCUCCAGUACAGGUCAGCUUGUUAUCCGCCAAGGAUAUGUGGUCUGUACCCAAGAUGGGGAGAACUUGGUUGCCAUGGCACAAGAUGAUGAUGUUGCCCUAGCAACGAAUGACGAGCCAGUGGAAUCGGUAGAACCAGUGGAGUUGGUUGAACCAGUGGAACCGGUAGAUUCUGUGACUGUUGACAUGGCAUCAGACGUACCCUCAGCCCCUAAACCGGAAGUAGAAGAGAAACCACCUGCAGUAACCGAGAAGAAGAAAGGAAAAGGAGGCUGGCCAAAGGGAAAGAAGAGAAAGAAAAAUAUCAUUGAGAUGGCUAAAGCUCCCAGACCACCAUCAUCGGCGUACGCUAUGUUUCUUGCUGAGCAGAGAGAAGGGUUCCGUGCCAGUCAUCCUGAGCUGGUCGGUCGUAAGAUUUCAUCUAGCUUGGGUAAGAUGUGGAAUGGUCUAGCAGCGGAUGUGAAGAAGAAAUACCUGGACAUGGAGAAGAAGGAUAAGGAGAGAUACAUCAAAGAAAUCAAGGAAUACCAAGAAUCAUCCAGCUGUCAGGCUUUCCUCAAGAAACAAACUCAAAAUUCUGUCAGAAAUUUCACUGGAAGUGAUGAAGCGAUGAGUGAACAUGUAUCAAACAUGAGCAAGAAUGAUAUUCUGGGCUGCAAUUAUCUUCAAUGCAAAGUGUGUAAUAUGUAUUUUCACAGUGAUCAUAACAUGUCACAGCAUUUACUUGGCAAAUACCACAUGACCAUACUGGCCGCAAAAAUAUGUGAGAUGGACAAAGAAACUCUUGGUUUGGAUGAACUGGAUGAGGGCGGGUCCCAACCUGAGGUACCAUCAACAUCAGAUGAUUGUAAAUCAUGUGAAUGUUUCAAAGAUGGUAUGCCACAUACUGAGGGAUUCAGAUCAACAUUCAUGGAUCUACAUUUUGAGAGAGAGUUAGAGCUGAGGGAACUGAGACGACACCAUGCAAUCAGUAUUCAUCAACAGAUGUCAUUACGCAGGAAGUACAAGAUUUUACAGGAAACAAUGCAAAAGAUGGAGAAUGACCACCGGAACCUGAAGGCUUUUGGUUCAAACCUCCAGUCAAAGCUUGAUGGCCUAUAUAGAAUGAUUUUAUUCUUAACGUAGCAGUACACCAAGACGUCAGAGCUAGUCGUUCAACCAUCUCUCGAUGAUAGUACAGCAUACUUCAUCUUCAGCAAUCAGGACAUGGCUGUACGACCUGCUGGCAUUGUAGCGAAAUGGAAGAGCUGAUGAGGAGGUUCAGCCAGUCAUUCAAUCAUCUCUGGAUGAUCGUGCAGCUUCAACUAUCAUGACAUGUUUGUACUAACUACUGGCCGUUUUGCUGAGAGGAAGAGCUCAGGUGGGAGGUCCAACCAGUCAUUCAAUCAUCUCCGCCAAUCAUACAGCUUCAGCAAUCAAGAUACAGUUGUACUAACUGCUGGCCCUGUAGCAGAGAGGAAGAGCUGAUGAGAAGGUCCAAUCAGUUGUUGAAUCAUCUCUCGAUGAUAGUCCAGCUCUAGCUAUUAAGACACGUUUGUACGACCUACUGGCCGUGUUGCUGAGAGAAGGAGCUUACGAGGGGUUCCAACCAGUCAAUCAUCUCUCGAUGAUCGUACAGCUUCAUUUAUAAGGACGCGGUUGUACUACCUGCUGGCCAUGAACCUGAAAGGAAGAGCUGAGGAGGAGGUCCAACACCGGAGACAAUCGCCUCUCGAUUAUAGCAUGAGAAUAAUUUUAAAUGCUCCAAUGAUGCCAAAUGAUGUUGUUCUCUCUUGAGGACCAGGCUUCUAACUUAGUAGUUUAGACAAACUCAUGUAAGCCUAGAGCAUAGACAUACACUUUGGGGCCAGAAACCAAGUUAAGACAACUCUAAUCUCUUGAGCAGUCCAGCAGAUUCAGAAUUGCCCCUCAAGAGACUUCAACCUGACAAAGAAGAAGACUGAAGUCCACCUAGUCUUGGUUCAACAUUGUCCAUUAAAAGGUCAGAUGUUCUAUCGUUUGUCAAGAUUAAAGUUAUUAGAGCCCCUCACCCUGAAGAAGAAGACUGUAUAGUUCACCAUGUCUAGAUCCCAUAUUGUCCAUCAAGGAGACAGAUGUUCUAUCCUUGGUCAAGACCAAUGCAAUUACAUCACUUCAUCCAGGCCAAGAAGAAGAUUACUGGUGACCUUAUAUCGACCCAGGAUCUUAAAUGCCUCAUCAGGUUGGUUUCUUCUGAUACAUAUGCUGCCCUUCUUUCACAAAUGAGAGCAAGUGACACAUUACAGAAAUUAAGCUUUGAAUGUGUUUAAAUUUGAUUGUUGUUCUUUUUUUUCUCCAUGAAAUAUUUCUUCAAAAAGUGCCCAUGAAACGCUGGAUGUUUUUGUAAAUCACAGACACCGUUUGCUCUUUUACGGGAAAUUGAACUUUCUUUUCUUUUGUCAAAGUAGUGCAAUAUAUGCCUAUCAUUUAUUGUGGAAUAAAGGGCACGAUAUGCAUUUUGAUUUUUGUUAGAUGGCGAUCUUCAAAUUUGGUGUUUCUUCAUACUUGUGUGUGGAUUUAUGCAUGUUUUGCAUUUGGUGAAUAAGGAAGCAUAAUGGUCUAGUGGUUACUGACUCUUUUCUUGCAACCAGAGGGUCGUAGGUUUGAAUCCCAGCCACUGCUUCAAUUUCUUUUAGCAAGAAAUUCAUCCACACAAUGCUGCACUUGACCCAGGUGAGGUAAAUGGAUUGCAGCAGGAAUGAAUUUCUAAAGAAAAACCUGUAGCCUAGCUUAAGCCCCCAUCACACUUAUUCCGAAUCAAGCAGAAUUGGCCUGAAUGAAAGGACUAUUGUUUGACCACCAGUUGGUCAUUUGAAUCUACUUCGAACACCGUUCAAAAAUAUCCCUCGAAUGUUUUGAACAUGAACAAAACCUUCGGGACGGCCAAAAGAAAUGACAAAAAUAUUUCGAAUGCACUCAGAAUGCAGUCAGGAUAUUUAGAAUGCCCCUAGAAUGUCCACGAACGUAGCACGAAUUAUCAAUCUGACUCCAUUGCGGUUCAUUUUGACUAGUGUAUGAUGAUACACCUGGUCAAUUUACUGAAUUUCAACUCCAGUUUGGUGAAUUCAUAAGUUCCUCCCAAAAAUUUCUAGAUUUUUUGAAUAUUUUUUUCUUUCCAGCUUCUGCUUGAUUCCUGCUGAUUCCGAAUAAGUGUGAUGGGGGCUUUAGCUGGGGUAAUACAAAGUGCCUUGAGCACCUUAUAAGGUGGAUAUAUUCGCAAUAUUAAUACCCUAUAUUAUUAUUAUCAUUAAUAUUAAUUACCCUGACUUCGUCGACAUUAACUUUUAAUUUAAGUUAUUUAAGUUAUUGGUGCAAUAUACUGUAUAUAUUGUAUUGCUAAGUGAUUAAACUACAACAUCUACAACACCAAUAACGUUCCUUUUCAUUUCCUCUUCAUUUCCUUAAAAAUUCUUUAAAAAGCGCCACAUUAUAAUUAUUAUGAAUAUUUCUUGAAAAGAAAUGUGCACAAAUUAGAUUAUUGCUACUUAUUAUAAUUAUGUAGUGUGCAUUUUGUGCAACUCAAAUAUGAAGUGUUGAGUAUCAGUAAGGUGUUUCACAAAGCUCUUUGUAAGUUAUGCACAAGUUUAGGCAAGACUGAUGACCCAAUCCUGGGUAGUAAGUCAGAUUCUUGAUCAUUUUGAUUCACAUCAGCUAUAGAUGAAAUCUUGGCCCUGUCUGACAAAGAGUUACGAUUGAUCCAAUCAAUCUCAACUUUAUGGAAAUCCAUCAUUGUCAUAAUUUUUUUUCCAUAGGAAAUUUGCACAUGGUCCUUUGUAAGCAAAGAAAAGCACACUGAAUUUUAAAGAAAAAGAUGGAUGUAUGAAAAUAUGUCAUAUCUAGAAGAAACUGUGAACAGACAUGCCUUUUACAUGUUGGCAUUGGUGGCUUACCAUAGUUGUGGUUGAUCGGAUCAAUCGCACCUCUUUGUAAAACAGGGCCCUGAUCUUUGUAGAUUAAAAUUCUCAUUUUUAAACAA